UCAAGUAUGAGAAAAGCUGCCGCCAAACUUGGAGGUCAUAUGGAUUUUGUAGAAAUUUUAGUUUUUUGAAAAAUUAUUUAGUAUGUUCUUCACGUCUUUGAGGAUUCUUUCUAGCUUCCCUCUUUAAUGUAAAUUUUGUUUAGUUUCCCUGAUAUUGCAUGUAGUUCCAUGUGAACUAUUGGGGUCCAAUGGUGUUAUAAUUCAAAAGAGUCUUCAGUUUGAAACCAUGACCUCUUCACCAUCUUGAAUAAUGCCUCAUAGCUUUGUGUUCUGACCCAAAGUCUUAAAUGUCUGUGCCUAUGGGGAAGAACUGAGUUUCUCAACUUUUUAGAUAUCUUAUCAAAACUAUAUGAAUAACAAUAAAUGUCAGAAGAGCCAAGUAGACAUAUAACAUUUUAUACUGAAGUCACCAGGUCUCUUCCACUUGGGCAGUGUGUGCUAAAGGUGGAGAUUAUUGUCUUUUAGGAUUCCUUUGAAAAUGUCCUUUACACUGAUCACUCUCUCAUUAGGAAAGUCUUGUUUUGCAGCACCCCCUACUUUAUCAUGCUAGACUUUAAUGAAUGACUUACUGUCAAAAGUUCCAGAUUGUCAUACUUUAUGACAGUGUAUUCUAUAUUUCUUCUAAAGCAGAGGAAGAAAGAUACUUUAGGGGUUCCAACUAUAAUUGUAAUGUUUACCAUGAAGAGAAUGCUACAUCCUGCAAUUUAGGAGCUAUUUAUAUAUUUUAUGAAUUGUAUUAAUUUAGAAAAUCUUUUAUGUUAAGUUAUAUAGUUAAUACCUAUAAUCUUAGUUUUAAGUCUUGAAUUCUGAAUUCUAAAUAAUUAUUCAUCUGCCCUGUUCCAGUCUGAGUUUUUUAAUGUCUUUAAAAUCAUGUUUCCUACUUAUUGUGAAAAACAUAGAAAAUAUAGAGAAUAAGGCCAAAUCUACACAUAACUUCACAACUGAUAGAUGUAGCCGUUUGAAGAUUUUUCUUCUUCUCCUUUUUUUCUAGUCAUAUAAAUGAAUAUUCUUCUUCAUAUACUUAGAAAUGUCUGUUUAUAACUAUAUUCUUCAUUUCUUUAUAUUUCCUCCCUCAUUUUUAUAUCAUUAAAUUUUCUUUAGAGACAGAAUUUAAUGACCUACAGGCUUUCUUUCUGUUGCUUCUUUUCUGACUUUUUAUAUGUCUAUAUUGUGCUCUGACUUUAAAAAGUUAUUAAAACUGUGGAAUUUUAGUUAUUAAAAACUGUUACUAUUUAGUAGUCAUAACUACUUCUCCGUGAAUUUAUGAACUCUUGACUAGGACAAACAAAGUUGGUCUCUAUUUAUUAGUCUAUUAGGAAGUCAUUAAUUUUUAGGUUAUAUAUUAGCUUUUGUCUUUAUCUGAAGCAUUAGAACAUGGGCUAUUAUAUUGGCUUCUGUUUAUUUAGUAAUUCAGUUUCUUAUUUAUAAUAGUGUGCAUCUGUGACUGCUUGAUUGUGGGUGGUAUUGAGGAUUAACUAAGAGCAGGAAGGUGCUGCAUCUUUAUACUUCAGUGUCUAUGGAAUUUGGACAAGUUAUUCUACUUCACUGAACCUCGUUUUUAAGAUUAAAGACUAAAUGAGGUACUCAAGUACGUAGUAGAGAGUGUGGUAGAUGGGCAGUCUUGAUAUUCUUGUUACUUUGUUGUUGUUAUUGUCAUUGUGAGGUCUUUGGCUAUUGAGCAAAAUAAAGGUGACUGAGAAGAGAUUGAAAACCUUGCAAACCUUCCUCUACCCAUGAAGUAGCAAACCAUGGCGGAAAAAAAAAGACAAAAAUUCUACUCUAAUUGUAGACCCGCAGAAAGGCAUCUUUGUCUCACAGAAGGAGGUGUGGAUUUGCAAGGCUGCCAGCUGGAUAUGCAAAUACUACCUGACGGCCCAAAGAGUGAUGUGGACUUUUCAGAGAUUCUUAAUGCAAUACAAGAAAUGGCCAAGGAUGUCAAUAUUCUUUUUGAUGAAUUAGAAGCUGUCAAUAGUCCUUGCAAAGAUGAUGAUUCCCUCCUUCACCCCGGAAACCUGACCAGUACUUCAGAUGAUGCCAGCAGAUUAGAAACAGGGGGAGAGACAGUGCCAGAAAGAAACAAAUCAAAUGGACUUUACUUUAGAGAUGGAAAGUGUCGAAUUGACUACAUUCUUGUGUACAGAAAAUCCAAUCCCCAGACUGAAAAGAGAGAAGUAUUUGAAAGAAAUAUUAGAGCAGAAGGAUUACAAAUGGAGAAAGAGUCCUCUCUAAUAAAUAGUGACAUUAUCUUUGUGAAGUUGCAUGCCCCAUGGGAAGUUCUUGGAAGAUAUGCAGAACAAAUGAAUGUAAGGAUGCCUUUCAGGAGAAAAAUCUAUUACCUGCCCCGCCGGUACAAGUUCAUGAGCAGGAUCGAUAAACAAAUAAGCAGGUUUCGGAGAUGGUUACCCAAGAAGCCAAUGAGGCUGGACAAGGAGACACUGCCAGACCUGGAGGAGAACGACUGCUACACUGCCCCUUUCAGCCAGCAAAGGAUCCAUCACUUCAUCAUCCACAACAAAGACACUUUCUUCAACAAUGCCACAAGAAGUAGAAUUGUACAUCACAUUCUGCAAAGAAUAAAGUACGAAGAAGGAAAAAACAAAAUCGGUCUGAAUCGCUUGCUUACCAAUGGCUCCUAUGAAGCUGCUUUUCCCCUGCAUGAGGGAAGUUACAGAAGUAAGAACUCCAUUCGAACCCACGGAGCUGUGAACCACCGGCAUCUACUCUAUGAGUGCUGGGCUUCCUGGGGCGUAUGGUAUAAAUACCAGCCUUUGGAUCUUGUCAGGCGGUACUUUGGAGAGAAGAUCGGGCUGUACUUUGCCUGGUUGGGCUGGUAUACUGGCAUGCUCUUCCCAGCUGCCUUCAUUGGAUUGUUCGUCUUUCUGUAUGGAGUCACCACCCUGGAUCACUGCCAAGUCAGUAAAGAAGUCUGCCAAGCUACAGAUAUCAUCAUGUGUCCUGUGUGUGAUAAAUACUGUCCAUUCAUGAGGCUGUCUGACAGCUGUGUUUAUGCCAAGGUGACCCACCUUUUUGACAAUGGAGCCACUGUCUUCUUUGCUGUUUUCAUGGCAGUCUGGGCAACAGUUUUCCUGGAAUUUUGGAAAAGACGUCGAGCAGUAAUUGCUUAUGACUGGGAUUUGAUAGACUGGGAAGAAGAGGAGGAAGAAAUACGACCACAGUUUGAAGCCAAGUAUUCCAAGAAGGAACGGAUGAAUCCCAUUUCAGGAAAGCCAGAACCUUAUCAAGCAUUUGCCGAUAAAUGCAGCAGACUUAUUGUUUCUGCAUCGGGGAUAUUUUUUAUGAUCUGUGUGGUGAUCGCUGCUGUAUUCGGAAUUGUCAUUUACCGUGUGGUGACUGUCAGCACUUUUGCUGCCUUUAAGUGGGCGUUAAUCAGGAAUAACUCUCAGGUUGCAACCACAGGGACUGCCGUUUGCAUCAAUUUUUGUAUCAUUAUGUUACUGAACGUGCUCUAUGAAAAGGUUGCACUGCUUCUGACAAAUUUAGAGCAGCCUCGCACAGAGUCCGAAUGGGAGAACAGCUUCACCUUGAAAAUGUUUCUUUUUCAGUUUGUCAAUCUGAAUAGCUCCACGUUUUACAUCGCAUUCUUCCUUGGAAGAUUCACAGGACACCCAGGUGCCUACUUGAGGCUGAUAAACAGGUGGAGACUAGAAGAGUGCCACCCUAGUGGAUGCCUUAUUGAUCUCUGUAUGCAAAUGGGUAUUAUAAUGGUGCUAAAGCAGACCUGGAAUAAUUUCAUGGAACUUGGCUACCCGUUAAUUCAGAACUGGUGGACUAGAAGAAAAGUACGUCAAGAACAUGGGACUGAAAGGAAAGUAAACUUCCCACAAUGGGAAAAGGACUACAACCUUCAGCCAAUGAAUGCCUAUGGACUCUUUGAUGAGUACUUGGAAAUGAUUCUUCAGUUUGGAUUCACAACUAUCUUUGUGGCAGCUUUUCCCCUAGCACCACUUCUAGCCUUACUGAAUAACAUCAUUGAAAUUCGACUGGAUGCUUACAAAUUUGUCACACAAUGGAGGAGACCUUUAGCUUCAAGGGCCAAAGACAUAGGAAUUUGGUAUGGAAUUCUUGAAGGCAUUGGGAUUCUCUCGGUUAUUACAAAUGCAUUUGUCAUAGCGAUAACAUCUGACUUUAUCCCUCGCUUGGUGUAUGCUUAUAAAUAUGGACCUUGUGCAGGCCAAGGAGAAGCUGGGCAAAAGUGCAUGGUUGGCUAUGUGAAUGCCAGCUUGUCUGUGUUUCGAAUUUCUGACUUUGAGAACCGGUCUGAGCCUGAAUCUGAUGGCAGUGAGUUCUCAGGAACUCCUCUCAAGUACUGCAGAUACAGAGACUACCGGGACCCUCCUCAUUCACUUGUGCCCUAUGGCUACACACUGCAGUUCUGGCACGUGCUAGCAGCCCGAUUGGCUUUUAUCAUUGUGUUUGAGCACCUCGUGUUCUGUAUAAAGCACCUCAUUUCCUAUCUGAUCCCAGACCUCCCCAAAGAUCUGAGGGAUCGCAUGAGGAGAGAGAAGUACCUGAUCCAGGAGAUGAUGUACGAGGCGGAACUGGAGCGCCUCCAGAAGGAACGAAAGGAGAGGAAGAAAAAUGGAAAAGCACAUCACAACGAGUGGCCGUGA